CUGAACAAUUACCUACUUCACGUACAGAAACGAUGGCAGUAGGACUUUUCGUCUUAAUAUCUAGCUUUAGAUUAAUAUUAGGAGAAGAGGAAGGAUUUAUAGUCGGGGGCGACUUUGUUAAAAACAUAAGAAAAUUUCCUCAUGUCGCUUUCCUGACUUUGCAAGUAGCUGACUCAGGCGAUGAAUAUAUAUGUGGAUCUUCAAUAUUAAACCAAUUGAUAUUGGUAACUGCCGCGCACUGUUUAGAUAACAUUGGGACAGCGACUGCUUCUGUAGGUAAUGUGGAUAGGGAAAAGGGAAAGAUGUACCAUAUCGCAAGAUUCCAGCAACACGAGAAGUGGGAUACGGUUAACAUUAAUCACGACGUAGCUCUAUGUAGACUACAGAAACCAUUAGUAUUGGGACCGACUGUGAAGCGUGUGGUGCUGAUGAAGCAUCCUCCGAAAGCGAGAAUAGCUGACUUGGCUGGGUGGGGCGUAACCGACGAAGAAUACUACUCUGAUACAGUUAUGCUUAAGCACACAAGACAGAAGCUGUGGACUCAUGAACAGUGCCGAAGAAUCUUACACAGUUCACCCAAAGGAACUAUCUGUGGAGGUGAAAGUCGUGCAAAAAAAGAUUUCGCUGCUAGCGGAGACUCUGGUAGCGGGCUCCUAGUUGACAACAAAAUAAUCGUUGGGCUGGUCUCCUACAAGGACACCAGCGUUUCGCGCAGUCUUGUGAUCUACACGGACGUCUCAUAUUUCUACGAUUGGAUUAUACGCACAUCCAAACGAUUAUCCUGCUCUUGAUUAUUUUUAUG